CCAAGGAUGUGACCCUCUGGCGAUGCCCGGCUGCGCCGUACUCGCCGCCAGGCCGGCGGCACAGGAUGGAGCCCUUCCUGCCCUCCCCGUGGGGCUGGAAUGGCUCUAGAGGGGGGUCCCGGCCCCCCAACAGCACUGCCGAGGCCAAGCCCAAGGACGUGGCCUCCAAGUCUGUGGGGCUGUUCUUCAUGGUGCUGCUGGACCUCACGGCCAUCGUGGGCAACGCCGCCGUCAUGACGGUCAUCGCGAAGACGCCGGCGCUCCGCAAGUUCGUCUUCGUGUUCCACCUGUGCCUGGUGGAUUUCCUGGCUGCCCUCACGCUGAUGCCGCUGGAGAUGCUGUCGGGCUCAGCCGUGUUCGAGAGCCCGGGGCUGGGCGAGGCCGUGUGCCGCGUGUACCUGUUCCUCAGCGUGUGCCUCACCUCCAUGUGCAUCCUCUCCAUCUCGACCGUCAACGUGGAGCGCUACUACUACGUGGUGCACCCUCUGCGCUACGAGGUGCGGAUGACCGCGGGGCUGGUGGCCGGAGUGCUGGCUGGCGUGUGGCUCAAGGCCGUGGCCACCUCGCUGGUGCCCGUGCUGGGCUGGUUGUCCCCCGACCGCCCGCCAGCGCCCGGCGCUCACGGCUGCUCCUUGCAGUGGAGCCGUGGGCCAUCCUGCAAGGUCUUUGUGGUCUUCUUCGCCGCCUUCUACUUCGUCCUGCCCCUCCUCAUCAUCAUCGUGGUCUACUGUGGCAUGUUCAAGGUGGCACGGGUGGCAGCCAUGCACCACGGCCCGCCACCCACCUGGAUGGAGACGCCGCGCCGGCGCUCAGCGUCGCUCAGCAGCCGCUCCACCAUGGUCACCACCUCGGGGGCUCCUCGGACCACCCCGCAGAGGAUGUUUGGCGGGGGCAAGGCGGCUGCCGUGCUGCUGGCCGUGGGUGGCCAGUUCCUCUUCUGCUGGUUGCCCUACUUCUCCUUCCAGCUGUACACAGCUCUGAGCACUCGGCCCUUGGCCGGGCCGGCGGCUGAGACUGUGGUCACCUGGCUGGGGUUCUGCUGCUUCACCUCCAACCCCUUCUUCUACGGCUGCCUCAACCGGCAGAUCCGCGGGGAGCUCGGCCGGCUCCUCACCUGCUUCUUCAAGCAGCCCCCCGAGGAGGACCUGCGGCUGCCAAGCCGGGAGGGCUCCAUCGAGGAGAACUUUCUACAGUUCCUCCAGAGCACUGGGCGCCCACCAGAGCCCCCCAGCUCCGAGCGGGACCUGCCCCCUGUGGAUUUCCGCAUCCCGGGGCAGAUUGAGGAGGAGGCGGCGGAGGGGAUGGAGUGGGGUGGGGAGAACGGGGUGUUCAUGCCCGUGACGGGCUCUGCCAAAGCGGGGCUGUAGCGUUUGGGCAGGUCGGGGUAAAUGUGGCUGUGAGGGGACAGAUGGUCAUAGUGACUCGUUGAGGGGGGGCUUUGUCACCACCACGGAGGGUUGGAGGUCCCACUGGGCUGGGGGUACACAUUGCCACGGAGGGUGGGGGGUUCCUCAAUGCAGCCACAGGGAAUUGGGGGUCCCACAACGCCCACUGGGGUGAUGGGGUGGGGACUCCUUGCUGCAGCCAUGGAGAGUUGGGGGUCCCAUGGCACUUGCUGGAAGUGGGAGUGAUUCUCACUGCUGUGCGGGGUUGGGGGUCCCACAGCACUCGUUGGGUUAGGGGGGGGUGUCUGUCACCACAGCGGGGGAUUGGGGGUCCUACGACUCUUGCUGAUGUGUGUGGGGUCCUUAUUGUGCCGGGGGACUGCGGGUCCCACCACGCUCAUCGGGGUGUGGGAGGCUCCUCAUUGCUGCCAUCGCGGGUGACUGCGGCGGGUCCCACGACCCUCCUUGGGCUGAUGUGCUGGGGGGUCAGCACUGCAGGAAUUGGGGGUCCUGUGGCACCACCGCGGCUGGGGGGCACAAGCCCAGUGAUGGGCCAGGGAUAAGAGUGGGGGGCUCGUGUUUUGGGUUUGGGGUGGCCCCUCUACA